AUGUAUUAUGAAUGCAAUACUUCGGAUCAGUUGUUGAAAUAUGAGGAACAUCAAACGACGAGUGGUUUUAACUUUGAGUUGACUUCAGAGCAGAAAUCACUGCAAGAAUUGGCCCAAAAGUUCGCCAAAGAGGAGAUCAUCCCUCGGGCCGCACAUUACGACCAAACGGGUCACUUUCCCUGGGAUCUCGUCAAACAGGCACAUGAAUUGGGUCUUAGGAAUGGUGUUGUUCCCGCUCAAUACGGGGGACUGGGUCUCAGUCUAUUUGAUUCGUGUCUAUUAGGUGAGGCAUUGAACUACGGGUGCAGUGGGAUCGGCUUAGCCAUUGGGUCGAGUGCUCUGCCACAGGCGCCGGUAAUUCUGUUUGGAAAUGAGGGCCAGAAAAGGGAAUAUUUGGGACGAAUGACGGGUUCGGUUGACUCGUUUUUCGAUAACAUUGGCCAACAUUUACCGAAACUUCAAUACUUGUCGUUUCAAAACUACGAUACAAGUGAUGAGGUAUUGAAUGAGUUGUCAAAACUGACACAUUUAAGGGCAAUCAAACUGAGAACGUGGGACAGGAAUAUUUGUGAACAAGACUACCUGGGCCAACAUUGUCCUAAAUUUGUUGAUGCCUACCACAAAAUGUCUCGAAAAAUAGUGCCGACAGAGAAACUGCCCAAAGAAUUAGCGAUUAAAGGGGCGGACAGUCAUCUCUACCGCAUCGGUAUCUCAAUGCAAAAGAUGAGUCCACUGAAGAGGAAAUGGUAUUACAACCCUAUUAUCGUACUGAUCCUCAUAUUUCAACAACUGAUCCGAAGUAUUGCAUUCAUAAAACAUCCGACAGAACAGAGCCUAUGGUUUUACGCCAGUCUGGGAGAUGUGGGCUAUUUCAUGGGAGUGGGCCUACACACCAAUAUGCUAAUCGUGGUCAUUAUGAGCUCGCUACUUUCGUCAUACCUGAUAUUUUUCCGAAAUUAUCUGAAACGCGUUAAGCCCACGGAUUUGCGUGUAUUUCAGGUGAUGGCCGGUGUGAUUAGCCCGGAUACUAUUGCAUUGGAUUCACCGGAAAUCAUACAUAAGUUGUUGAAAGUGUUUAAACGGUUUCUGUCGUUGCCUUAUAGCAAGGUGAUGUCCGGUGUGAUUAGCCCGGAUACUAUUGGAUUGGAUUCACCGGAAAUCAUACAGAAGUUGUUGAAAAUGUUUAAUCGCUUUCUGUCGUUACCCUAUAGCAAGUGGCAAUAA